AUGGAGGGUAAAUCACUUUUAGACAAUAUUUUUAGACGAAUUCGUUUAAACAAACUAGAAAAUGAGACUUUAAGCAAAUCUGCAAAAUUUAAUAAUCCCGCUUAUCAGACAAUGACUAUUGAAAAGCAAUAGCAAUUAGAAAAUAAGGUAACGUCGUAAAAGAAACCUUAUCUAACAACAACUAAUGCAUAGAGCAUGUAGUUUCAAGCUAUAUCAUCAGAGUAAAGAUAAAGACUUCAAGAGAGGCUUAAAUUCGCUCAUCCUCUUCAGAGACAUAUGAUUCGCUAGGAAUAUAAACGAAAUAUGGGUAAAUUAAGUUAGAGCUAUGAAUUUGGUCCAAACUCUGAUAGAAAAGGCACUAGUUUUGCUAAGAAUUUUCUAUUGAAAACUUUAUCAGGAUAAGAAAAUCCAACUUUGCAUUCUAAUCAAACUAUGGAUUUAAUGGUAAAGACAAGAGUCAGUUCGCCAAGAGUAAAUGCACCUAGUUAUUACACAGGCCAUCUUAAUGAAAAUAUGUUUAAAAUGGGAAAGGAAAGGAAUGAUAGCUCUUCUCAUCAUUUCAAAGGGUUUAUUAAAGGAGUCAAAUAAUACAAAGAAAUGUCUACAAUUGGAGGAGGAUAUGAAAGUCAGUUACAGAGAAGAAGCCCUAGAUUCUUACGAAGAAAAUAAAAACUGUUAAAAAAUUAGGUUGAAAUUAUUCAGUUACAUGACUAAGAAACUACAGCUGAGAAUUUAUAUACCACAAUCGACAGAGUCACCAAAAGUAGAGUCCUCUUAAAAAUACAAGUACCGAAAUCACAGUAAUAUGACGAUAAAGUAAUUUAGCAAAGAAUGCCUACAAAUCAGUAAUCAACUAAGAGAGUAAAUUCCUAAGUUUCGAGUUACACGCGAAAGAUUGUGCCAUUAGAGAAGGCAUAGGGCCUCAAAAUGCUAAGAUAAUCUUCUAAAAAAAGUAAUAAUAGUCCAGAAAAAAAUAAAGAAAGUGAAACUUACAGGCUAUCCUAAAAUAAUCAAUUGAAUGAAUAGAAGGCUUUGUGCAAAUAGUCUUUGGUGCAUAUGCUGUUAAAACUUCAAAGAAGCAAGAAAUUCCAAAAUAAAUAAUAAAUAAAGUAAGAGAUAGCAAAUAAUAAAUCUCCCUUGAUGUCAAAAUAAAGGAAAAAGAUCGGCAAUAGAUUUGUAAGGAUUAUGAGUCCUGUUAAGGAUAAUGAAAGAUUUUUAUCUCCUAUUGGCAUAUCACAUGAUGCAUGUGAAAAGUCAAAAGCCAAGUAAUACGACAGUCAGGUUGAAAAACUUCAAGUUGAGCUAUUUAAAAGUUAAUAGUCCCAGUUGAUAGACAUAAUAUCCCCUAAAGUCUCUUAAUAAGCAGGCAGAUUGAUCAAACAAAGAAUGAAGACUAAAAAGAUUAUUGAGACCAGGCACAACAUCGACUAUAACACCUUAAUGAAAGGUUAUGAGAUAUUUAAUCCUGCAAAAAGAAUUAAGGAAAACUUGAAUUAGAGUAAUGAGGUUAAAGGAUUACUUUAUGGAGAAUUUGAAGCUUUCAAGUAAUGGAAGCUUAACUUAAGAGGAGAGCGGAUACUUGAUUACGAUGAUGGAACUUUUAUGAACUUUUCAAAUGAGGUUGUCAUUGGAGGCAAAUAAUGA